AUGCGAAACAAGUUGCCCAUGAGAAGUCGACACCAGCAUUUGUCUGUGAAUCCACCACGCUUUGAUGUGAUCUUGGUGCAAAACCAGAUGAGCAAUUGUGCGGCUGAGCGCAGUUCCGGUUGGGUGCCUGAUCACUCUCGUGCACGAAGGUAUCCUUGUCAGUACUGCCCUCCACCUCAGGAUUCUCAACUCUGGUGGAUAGAGGUUGCCAGCCUCGCUACCUUUGGUGCUUCAUGGCUGGAUGUGAUGUCCACUUUGAGCUGA